UAAGAAAAAUUUCUAUAAUUUUUUUCUAAAACUUAAGAUACGAUGGUUAUUUCCCUUAAUAAGAAAAUUUUUUUUUUUUUUAUCCCACUUAUUUCACUUAAAAACCUUUCAAUUCUAUUCCACUUAUUCCACUUAAAAAAAACCUUUCAAUUUUAUUCCACUUAUUCCACUAAAAAAAACCUUUCAAUUCUAUUCCACCUAUUCCACAUAAAAAACCUUUCAAUUCCUAUUCCACACUUAUUCUGCUUAAAACCAUUCCACUUAAAACUUUUCCAGUUUCAUUCAUAUUUUUUGAAUCAUCUUUUUUUUUAAUCUUCUUCAGAACUAUUAUUUAAUUUACCAAUUUUUGAAUAUUUUUGAAUAGCAUUUCUAGUGAAUAAACCGGACAUUGACAUAGUGAUAGAUUUAUAA